CUCCCGCCGGGCCUGGAGUUGGGUUUGGGGCGGGUUACACUGCCAAAGCGUCUCCUCCAGCAGGCAGGCGAGGGCUCUCCUCCACCCCGAGCUUGCGUUUCCUGAGGCUCCAGGCAGUGCUCUGCGCUGGCCUGCUGCCCUGCUGGUGGGUGACCAGAGGUGGGCAUCACGGGAAGAGCCCUCCACGAAGGGGAGGCCCCUGAGGAUCAGGCCAGCAGCUGCAGGUAGCGCCGCGGUGCCCGGGGCCCAGGGGAGGGCGUCCCGGGAGCCGGGGCUGCAGGGUGAAAGCCGGGCAGGGAAGGAGAAGAAGGCAGGCACCCUCGAGGCUGGCAGCCCCCGGACAUCACACGGCCCCAAGCAGGAGCCUGAGACGGCAGAGCAGCGCUCUCACCGCCAGAGGAGCCCCCCAAGGCCCCAGAGUCCCAGGGUCAUCGGGCCGCUUUGAGAGUCCCCGUCCUGUGUGGCAGGCCCGGGCACCCUGGUGAUUGCUGACCCCCCCCCCCAGCUGUCCUCUGCUUCCAGCUCCUGCUCUGUCCUCCUGUGGGUGGGGGCUCCCCCUCUAUCCCUCCCUACCCUCGCCAGCCAUCCAAGCGUGCUUUCUGGAAGGGCAGGAAGGGGAACACCCAGCAGGCAGCACCCCAAGUGCAACAGCUCCCACCGCCGUCACGCACCCUGACAGCAGCCCCCUCCUUCCCCGGGGCCGAGCUCCAGCAGCUUGGGGCCAGCCCUGGGAUGGACACCGAGGGGUCAGCCUCGGCAGCCACCGGAGUUUGGGUGGCUGCGUCCCACCUUCUCCCCGGUGGGCGGUGCCUGAUGGGGUGUUGGCGUUGGGUGAAGGCUGUUCGUGAGACAUUUUGAAAGGUGUCCCCUGUGUCUGGGGGGAAUGACAGCCACAAGCUCACCCCGUGGCCAGUGCUCUCAGACCCAGCCCAGGCGGCAGCCCCGGGACAAGGAGAGGGGCUGGGAACACCGACAGGAGAAUUGGAGUCUGACGGUUCCCACCGAGGCCUCUUGGUGUAAAGUCCUGUCUAGCGGGGGCCCAGGUGGGUUGCGCAGGCCGGUGAGCUGUGAGCAGAGCCGUAAGGAAUCUGGACUCACCAGGCCUGGGGAUGGCUGGAAACUGCUCCUGGGAGACCCAUCCCACCAACAGGAACAAGAUGUGUCCGGGAGUGAGCGAGGCCCCGGAGCUCUACGGCCGCGGCUUCCUGACCAUCGCGCAGAUCACCAUGCUGCCACCGCCAGCCGUCAUGAACUACAUCUUCCUGCUUCUCUGUCUGUGCGGCCUGGUGGGCAACGGGCUGGUCCUCUGGUUUUUCGGCUUCUCCAUCAAAAGGAGCCCCUUCUCCAUCUACUUUCUGCACUUGGCCAGCGCGGACGUCGGCUACCUCUUUAGCAAGGCCGUGUUCUCCAUCCUGAACACGGGGGGCUUCCUGGGCUCAUUUGCCGACUACGUCCGCGCGGUGUCCCGGAUCCUGGGGCUCUGCAUGUUUGUCACCAGCGUGAGCCUCCUGCCAGCCGUCAGCUCAGAGCGCUGCCUGUCGGUCAUCUUUCCCUCCUGGUACUGGCGCCGUCGGCCCAAGCGCCUGUCGGCUGUGGUGUGCUCACUCCUCUGGAGCCUGUCGCUCCUGGUCACCAGCAUCCACAGCUACUUCUGCGUGUUCCUGGGCCGCCAGGCGUCUGGGCCGGGCUGCGGGCACGUGGACACCUUCCUGGGCAUCCUGCUGUUCCUGGUCUUCUGUCCGCUCAUGGUGCUGCCCUGUCUGGCGCUCGUCCUGCACGUGGAGUGCCGGGCCCGGCGGCGCCAGCGCUCGGCCAAGCUCAACCACGUCAUCCUGGCCAUGGUCUCGGUUUUCCUCGUGUCCUCCAUCUACUUAGGGAUCGACUGGUUCCUCUUCUGGGUCUUCCAGAUCCCGGCCCCCUUCCCCGAGUACGUCACCGACCUGUGUAUCUGCAUCAACAGCAGCGCCAAGCCUGUCGUCUACUUCCUGGCCGGCAGGGACAAGUCACAGCGGCUGUGGGAGCCCCUCAGGGUGGUCUUCCAGCGGGCCCUGCGAGACGGGGCCGAGCCGGGGGAGGCGGGGGGCAGCACGCCCAACACGGUCACCAUGGAGAUGCAGUGCGCCUCGGGGAAUGCCUCGUGAGAGGCCAGCUGCUGGUGGGGAGGCGGCAGCCAGCUGGAGUGGCCUCCAGAGACCCUUUGCAGGAGUCAGGAGUUGGGCAGCAGCCCCGGGGCCCGAGUGCAAGGAGAAAAAUCUGCUCCCCGCCCGCGUGCCGCCUUCUCCCGGGGCAGAGGCUCUGGGCGUGGCCGAGAGACAGAAGAGCCACUUCCAAACAGACCCCGUGGCCUCACCAGGCUCCCCGCAGCUAUCCUCCUUCCGUGACCCACUGCAGAAGUUGCCCCCGGGCGGUGGGCCGGGUGUGGGGCUCCUCCCCGCCCCAGGAUGGCCAGGAAAGGAGAGGAGGGGGUCACGCAGCCCAUCCACCUCCUGCCCCAUCAGCCAGCCCUCCUGAGAACAGCCAGCCCAUCGCCCGUCGGGCCAGCAUCUUUGUCCUGCUGUUGGGACACCUGCUGUCUCCUUUCUGCCCUGUCAAGGCAAGGGUGCUACCUGGGAGACGCUUCUCCUUAACCCGCCUGGGAGCCCAGUCUUUCUGCACAUGACGUUCCCUUUGGUGGCCGAAAUGGGGGAGCCUCUGGCACGGCAAGUGCCUGGACGCAGGAAAAGCCGUCGGCUGGCUUGAGUGGCUCACUCUCGUUUCUGACUCCAUGCCAGCCGGCAUGUCUGAGCUGCCGUCCGCCUGGUCUGAGGGGCUCCGGAAGGCCGUCCAGGCAGUCUCUGAGCUAUAGCCCCACCCAAAAGUGGGCACUGGCUCUACCUGGCCACCUCAGCCCACCUACAAGCACGGUGGCCCAGUUUGAUGAAAGAUAAUACGUGUAUAUCAAUAAACGUUUUCUAUCUCGCAGCGA